CGAUUCUUGUCACCGAAGAAAACGAAGAUGGAUGAAGACUAUUCUAAUUGUUCACAGAAAUCUGAGGGGCAAAAUGAACACAGGCAACAAGAGAUGGAAGCAUUGGAUGAAGAAGUAAGGAGAAAGAGAAGGAGGAAUGAAGAGCUAGUGACUAUGCUGCGUGAGUACAGUAUGUCAAUAACAUUGGCUACUUAUACAAAACUGCUGAAACGUGACGAUACUGAUUUGAAUCCACCAUAUAACCGGAGCAAGAGCAUUGAAGAUGCAAAGGAAAGAUUAAAGAUUCUUGAGGAACUUGAUUACCAUUCAACGUGUGCUUCUUAUCACGAAAGCAAGCAUGACGAAGCAAUGGAGGUUUUAUAUGAUUAUUACGAAAAACGUGAGAGGAAUGAAGACUUAGAGAAAGAGCUCGAGAUGCUACAGGAAUCAACGCGUGCGGCUGAGACGGCUAUAUAUCAUUUCAAGAAGGAACGGGAAGCAAUCGUUGCCUUUGGAGAAGAAACGUAA